AUGCAGUGUGAUGAUGUUACAUGGAAUAUUCUCAACAAGGGCAUGUGCUCCUUCAAAACAAGAAUUAAGACACAGAAGUUUUGUCGAAAUGAGUACAAUCUGACAGGGUUGUGCAAUCGUGCAUCCUGUCCAUUGGCUAACAGCCAAUAUGCUACGGUGCGUGAAGAAAAAGGAAUUUGCUAUCUAUAUUUGAAAGUAAUUGAGAGAAGUCAUUAUCCACGAAGACUUUGGGAACGAAUCAAAUUAUCACGAAGUAUGACGCAAGCUGUCGGACAAAUUGAUGAAGCAUUAAUCCACUGGUCUGAGUAUAUUAGGCACAAAUGUAAAGCUCGUCUGAUUCGCAUUCAUCAGUACUUGAUAAGAAUGAGAAAAAUGAAACUUCGAGCAAGGCAGCAGAAAAUUAUUCCAAUACAACGGAAGAUUGAAAGAAGAGAAGUAAGGAGAGAAGAGAAGGCACUAAUUGCUGCUAAACUGGAUAAUGCUAUAGAGAAAGAGUUAUUGAAUCGCUUGCGUGAAGGAACAUACGGAGAAAUUUAUAAUUUCAGACACGAUAUCUUCAAUAAAGUACUUGAUGAACAAAAUGAAAUAGAAAGAGAAUCAGAAUAUGAAGUUGAAACAGAGGAGCUAGACCAGGGUACUAAAGUUCGACAGUAUAUCGCUGAUUUCGAAGAGUCAUCUGAAGAUGAUUAUGAAGAUAUAGAGGAUUCUGCAGGAGCGAUGAAUCUAAGUAACUUGGAUGAAAAUAGUAGUGAUGAUGAAAUAACAGAAAAUGAAGAAAGUUACGGGAAAGAGGAUGACGUAGAUUACGAAGAGGACAAAGAAAGUAUGCAAGAACAAUAUGAGAGAAAGAAAUUAAAUAAGAAGGAAAAACACCCAUCGAAUGCACAUAAGAAGAAACGAGUACAAUGGAGAGACUUGAAAGAAGAAGAGAAAAGAGAACCGGUGAAGAGGCCACGACGACAAGUGCUUCAAAUUGAAUAUGAGAUUGAAGGGCCAUCGAGAGGAAGACAAAAGUUAUGA